AAAGAUUUAAAUAAUGAACGACCAGAUCACAUGGAAUGUAGAACAUACAAAGCCUAUCCAUCAACACAUGUUUUAGGCAUAAUUCAUUAUUUAUCUAGCGAUAAAGACUUGCUAUUGAUAUUUUUCUCUUGUUCUAGGUAAACUUUAUCGGUCUGUUUGCCGUACAUUACCUGGCUGGAAAAAGCUUCGAGAAGAAAUAAUUGACGAUAUAGAUGAUAUUUUUGCCAUCGAAUAUAAUCCAUCAUUUAUACAUCCCAAUUAUGAAGAUUAUUUAAAGCCUGCAGCCAAAUUAUAUCAAGAAUACAAAUUAGAAUUAUUCGAGAUUAUGCAAGUCUACGAUUUUAAAACUGAAAUCGAGUUGUUUUGCUGUAGUGGUGAAAUGCAAGAAUCUGUGCAAACAUCAACUCGUCGUUUAUUUCAACAUAUUGAGAAAAAAUUUACCAAACAUUAUGAUACUCACAGUGGUCACUGCGACUGUCAAGAAUGCGAACAAUUGAAAGCAAAAGCGUCAGCUUGCUAUUUAGUAUGCUAUCAAAACGCAAUGGAAAUGAAAAACAAAUGUGACAUUAUAAUCAGUUUUCCGUGGAUUUUUUCUAAAUGGUUAAUGAAAAUUCAACGAUCAAUGAACAAACACGAUUUAUCGUUGUUAUCUAAAAAUAUUGUUGGGAUAGCAGUGAAAGAAUUUUUCAAUUCCUCGUCUAUAAAAUAUCGUGUAUUGUCACCACUUUCCCAAAACAAACAAGCGUAUCGUGCGCGGGUUUAUAUGAUGAAUAUUAAUACGAAAACAUGCUGCUUAAUAACGGUCCCACCUAGAAUAAUUGUAUUUAUUGAGACCAUUUAUAACUGGCUACGGCAACAAAAUAUAUUUGAUCUUUCCUGGGAUGACAAAGAUCAUCGACCAUUUAUUCGCAAAUCAUAUUGGUACGAGAUUAUAACACGUUUUCUUGCAACAUAUUCGACUCAAUGCCAAUCAAUGGACCCAUCCGAAUGGAAGAUGAUAUUCAAUAAAACGACUGAGCGGAUACUUGACGUUGAUUUGUCUGAAGACGACUAUGAAUCAAUGGAACAAAUGUAUUACGAACUAUUAAACGUAUGUUUUAAUCAAGCUUGUGAAGUCGAGCUUGUGUCCAGCGACACAGAUGUGAAAUCAGCGCAAAUGCAUGUCGCUUACCUUAGUGAAUAUUUACUAAUUGCUUUUCAAAACAUAGCCAUUCAGUCAAAAUUAUCUGAUAUUAAAUCUAAAUAA